CAAGAACUUCUGAAAGAAUUUGUGACAAUGUGCAGUCUUAAGUGCUGCAGUCUCAGAGCCCUUUUUCUAUUGCUGCUCUAUAGGUCAAUGGAAAUUCCUGAAGCUGAAGGAAAAAGUGAAAUUCUACCUCCAACAAUACAAAAAAUAAUAAAAGGGUACAACAAGUAUCUACGUCCAUUUUUUGAUAAUGGUCCUGUGUCAGUUGGAAUGAGUAUGGAUAUUGCAAGCAUUGAUACAAUAUCAGAAAUAAAUAUGGACUACACAGCUACCAUAUUUCUCAGGCAGCGAUGGACUGAUGAGAGGCUUUGUUUCGAUGGUAAUAAGAGUUUGAGCUUAGAUGGUCGACUUGUGGAAAUGCUUUGGGUGCCAGAUACCUUCAUAGUUGAUUCAAAAAAGUCUUUUCUUCAUGAUGUCACUGUUGAGAAUCGUCUCAUAAGGAUAUACCCUAAUGGAACAGUGUUGUAUGCUAUAAGGAUCACCACAACUGUUUCAUGCAGCAUGGAUCUGACUAAAUAUCCAAUGGAUAAGCAGACAUGUACUUUGCAACUGGAGAGCUGGGGUUAUAACAUCAAUGAUGUCAUGUUUUACUGGACCAGAGGAAAUGAUUCAGUUCGAGGUUUGGACACACUCCAGCUGGCACAGUACACAGUAGAAGACCACUUUACCUCUGUAACUGAAGCUGUGUACGAGACAGGACGUUACCCAAAACUUGUGUUUCACUUUGAACUCAAGAGAAACAUAUUGUAUUUCAUAUUAGAGACAUAUGUGCCAUCCAUCCUUCUGGUUGUGCUCUCCUGGGUGUCAUUUUGGAUAAGCCAGUCAUCGGUUCCAGCCAGAAUCUGCAUAGGUGUCACCACAGUCCUUACGAUGACAACACUGAUGAUGGGAGCCAGGACUUCACUCCCAAAUGCUAAUUGCUUUAUUAAGGCAAUUGAUGUGUACCUUGGUAUCUGCUUCAGCUUCAUCUUUGGAGCAUUGUUAGAGUAUGCUGUGACUCAUUUCUGCACUCUGCACCAACUCAGCUCAAAGGAACUUCCAAAGAUUAUUGAUGAUGAUGAUGAUGAAGAAGAGAAGAAUGGAGUCCUGGCAGCAGUGACAAACAGUUGCAGUGCCCCUGACAAUACGAACAAGACCGAUUCAAACAAAAGCAAACAAACCAGCACUGACAGAAAAAGGGAGAGAAGUCAACACAGUGUGUGCAGUUCAGCGAUGUCGGUAAUGAAAAGACUUUUCUGUAUCUUUGACUGCUUCCAUGUUAAAAAUCCUUACCACAUAGACAACUAUGCCAGAUUCUCUUUUCCAUUAUCAUUCAUCAUAAUUAAUGUGCUUUAUUGGGUGUAUUAUUUGUAUUUAUAA